GAUAUCGAUAAUCCUAUUUUAUUAUCAUAAUUUUCAAAACUUUCUAAAACUUUUGAUUUGUUUAAAAAAAUAUAUUUUUACUCUCCAAUCAUAUCUGAUUUAAAUGUAUUUUAUUAUUUAAAAAUUUCAAUAAGGUUUAAUAAUAUUUAUCAUUUAAAUGAAGAUAUUUCAAUUUUCGAAUUACCAUCAUUUUUACUUGUAGGAUGCUUAAACUAAUCUCCAUCUUAAAUUGAUUUAGAUGAUUAACAAUUAUAUAUAAAUUUAUUCAGAUAAGAUUAUUUUGUAGAUUUUAAUGGUUUUUAUUCUAAAAAAACAGAUUUAUAUUUACAGAUAAACAGUAAUUAAUUUAAAAAUUUAUAAAAUGAUGGACAAAAUAGAAUUUUUUUUAUGUUAUAAAUAAAACAUUUUAGUCAAUUUAGUCUAAGAUUAUAAUACAAUAUUGACUUUAGUUUUAAAAUAUAGAGAAUACCCGAAUGCUUAAAUUAUUGCAAUAAAAUAAAAGGAUAAGGAAUUUGUAGUUUAAUAUAAGAUUAGACAAUUUGUGAUUGCGAAAGAGAUUUUAUUGAUUAAGAUUGUUCAAAAUAAGCAUAUGAAAUAUAAAUAAAAACCGAAUAAAGUUUUAAAAAUAUUAAAAAAAGAACUUAACCUUAUUAUUUUUAUAUUCAUAUUGGCAAUUUAAAUGAAUUAGAUGGUUUAAUAUAUAUUAAAAUGUCCGGUAAUACAAAAUGGGAUACUAUUUUUAGUAUACAAGAUGUGGAAAGAAAUUCAUAUUUACCAAAAUUAAUUUAAGAAGAAUUAUUUUAUUAAUCUAAAUAUUCCCAAAACGACUUAUAUGAAUUAUUUUUUAAAUUUGAUAAAUAAAAAGUUUCGGCUGAUUUGA